CGCUUAGUCGCUGCGAUACUCGAUUCUCGUGACGGCCUGUCGAUUCGGCGUGUGUGUACCACUGUCAACUGUGUAGCCCGAUAUCUCGGUUUAUCGAAAACCGGCUAUCGUCGUGGAGUGUAAGCAGAUCAGGUGCGCACGUGCGCGCAAAAUCGAGACGCAGUACAAUAAAGUUGCGAAGAAAGAAACAAGAGGAAAAAAAGAGGAGGCGAGAGAAAGUCGCCUGUUUUUCCGCCGGUUGUGCGUCUCUCCCUCUCUUCCUAACACGAGACGCCGUGUAUCCUGUUAUAUCGUCGUCGAAUCUCGUUUCGUCAAAUCUACGUUUUAAUUUGCUGAAGAUCGCGCGUGUCACGUGUAUUCUCUCUCUCUCUCUCCCUCUCCCUCUCUGGUAGUAAACGAAUCUGGAUUUUGGCCCGUGUGUGUAUACGUGUCGGCAUCGCGACAACGUCACGUCGGUGUUACGACGACAAGAAAGGACGAGUGUGCGGAUUGUGGCCGACAUCGGCGGUCUCAGCGGGCCAGCCUCGAUACCCCGUCGUUACCAGCGUAUCGAACGACGAAAAGAAACACCUCUUUGGCUGAACGCUAUCGGAAAGUCGAGUAGUUCAUCCGAAAGCGUUCCACCGCCCAAACGAGAAGACGCUAGCAACAGCAGCGAAGCGAAGCUUGGUCGUAGUUCCUGCAUGGAAAUCGUGGAAACGAUUCGAAGCCGCUAGGAAAUUGACUUCGCAGCAAACGAGACUCGUCUCUUCGUUCUUGUUCUCUCGUUCAACCAGACAGAUUCGCUUUGUUCGCUGCGAGGAACCGUUAUCGAAUUCGUUCCGAGUUGCUCCAAAUACGAUCUCUCGGUUGUAAGUUAUUACAACACGAGUCACACACCGCGCCACCUUCGACUGCUCGAGGACGAGGCAAAGGUUGAUUCGGUUGACGUUCCGAAACGUAGAAACGCGGCGAACGAGUUUCCAACCAGAGCUGUCUUCUCGACUUACCAGAAAAUAGAGAAACAAAUGCGUGCGAGCAAAAGACGAGCGCAAGGUGGAAGGUAGUCGGUCGACCACCGUUGGCUGGUUCCGCGCUCACGAUUCUCUUGGGUCAACGAUCUGUUGGUGGAUCUCGCGCUUGAGCUGUUCCCGGUUUGUAUACACGUAUCUGUGGACAGGUCCGGUCGAUACGAUAUAUACAUAUAUAUACAUAUAUAGGUUCGUGGUUCGGUCGCGUUCGUCGGAUACGCGCGUAUUCGUGCCGAUAGCACGUUUCACGAGGAGUGAAAAGGCGGUCACUCGGUACGCCGUCGUGGCUGCUUUCACCGGCGACGGAAUAAUGCCGAUCGCGCCUUAACGGUACGCGACUCAUGCCUUCCGUAUUUCCCUUGCGAACCACCGGGAAAAUGAUCGCGGAUCUCGGGUGAUUAAGUGUGCAGUGCGUCGCGACAGUUUCCUCAUGGUUUUUCCUCGUCUUCGUCGUCUGGUAUAGUGGUCGCGGGUGUUUCGGUGUUGUUGAUUUAGCAUAUCGGCAAUACAGUGGAAACGUGGAUACGCGUUUCGAAGAUCUCGAUCGAUACGUAGCAUGGAAAGCAACAUGUACAUCAGCAACGAGCCGCAGAACAACGGCCACUCGGCCGCCAAAUACGCGUCGACCAAUUCGAUUCCUUCGAUAGUGGAGAAAGAGUCGUCAUUCGCGAAACUUAUAGGCGCUGUUGGCAGAAGGGACUCGAACGCUAUUUUACGCGAUAAUAAAGGUAGACGGCACAGCGUGCUGGAGGAUCUGAAGGCGCGAAGGGACAGUCUGUUUCAUAGAGCGAGACGCGGUAGCGUUGUCGAGGAGAAAGAAAAUACGAAACAAGUGCAGAAGGAGAAAAGACGCGCCAGCGAGGGUGGCAGAAGGUGCUCGGUUUUCUACGUGUCGCAGGAUCUGCUCGAGGAGAACCAAGAGCUACUGGAGAACGAGAGAAGAAUACAGGCGGACAUCGAGGGCAAAAAGGCUCGUAGAAAGUCGUGGCAUAUCCUCGCCAGGCCGCCGAAACUCGAUCGCAAGAGGAGGAAAGGGAUCGCUGGCGUCCCGACACAGGUCGCAAGCACCGAUGGACUUUACACGCAAGCCAGACAGAAGAGGCCUUCCUGGUGGAACAUAUUCGUACCUGACUCCGUCGCCAGGUCCAGGCGAAUGUCCCAGGAUAUCACGCAUUCCAGAUCCACAGAAAAUCUCACAGUACCCUAUUUCAGGAGCAAGAGUCGCAGCGUGGAUCAUGGAUUCGCCGCGCCUUUCGAUUGGGAUUCGUCGAAGAACAAGGUCGAAGGACGGUUCGAAUCGGUCGACGAAUUCACCAAGGAUACAGACAGCGAAAGCGAGGAUGGCUCGUCGACAAGGUUAAACUUCAACAUCAUCCCCUACACUGUGGGUGACAGGGACACGCUGACGUCCGUGGCCGCGAGAUUCGAUACAACGCCAUCCGAGCUGAGCAAAUUUAACAGGCUCGGAAGUACUUUCAUUUAUCCCGGUCAGCAACUAUGGAUACCGGUGGAAGGAGAAGGUCAAACAAAAGGCGGAACUACCGACGCACCUAGUCCGGAUCCUUGCCACGAUCACGAGUCCCAGGAUGACCUACCUCCAGAAGAAAAAGAACUUUUAGACAACUUAAGGCCAGUGUCACCGAAACCAAGCCAUGAAAGAGUGAAAACACCUCUUAGUGUUACCAAUACAGUGAUAGAAGAGGAGGAACAGCCAUUUAAAGAAAGAUUUUUGAAAAUUAAUGUUCGUCACAUUACAGAUGGUCAGGGUGUUGUCGGUGGAGUGUUACUAGUUACGCCAAAUGCAGUCAUGUUUGAUCCCAAUGUUUCUGAUCCCCUUGUAAUUGAACAUGGAGCUGAAUCUUACGGUGUUAUUGCACCAAUGGAAUUUGUAGUGAAUGCUGCAAUUUAUUAUGAUAUUGCACAUAUGCGAGUUGGACACACAGAAUCUGGAAACUUAGAUAAGAAGCCGGAAAUUUAUUAUAUGAAGAAACCUUCACCAAUUGAAAAUAUUAAGUGUCAGUCACCAGAAAAGGAGGAAAAUUUUCCGGAAUUAACGGCGGAUGAUGCUGAGAAUGUAUGCAGCUGUGCUGAGAGAGAUGGAGAUGCUUUCCCAAAGGCCUUUGAGAGAGAUCUCGUUACUCCUACUAAUCUUCAAAAUGAAGAAGAUACAACGACAACCAAAGAAAAAGAGAAGGAGAAAGAGAAAGAGAAGGAGACUAAAGCUGUGAGCAGUGGUGGUCAAGCAAGCAGAACAUUAGAGGAACGUAGACGUUCUAUGCUUGACCAUCACUGGCCAGUUCCUAGCAAAGAUCAAUAUCCAUGGCCCAUCGAGGAUGAACAACAAGAUUCUUUAAAUUCUGACAAAGUGGACUCCGCGAAGUCGAAGGUGAUUCCCGAAGGCGAAGAAGGAUCUCUAGUCAAACUGUCAUGCCACGACUCUGGUAUUGACAUACGUGACCCUAAUCCCUCUUUCCCAGUAGUUCAACCAAACCCCACAAAGAAAGUUUAUUCAGACGCAGAUAUUGUCUUAUCUUCAGAUUGGGUCCCUCCUAUUACUAUUGCUCCGACGAACGUUACAACUGAUUCGGUAGAUAGUGGUUCUGCCAUUAAUGGCAGGAAGAAGGCGAGUUCUGUAUCUUUUAGCUUAGACAGUAAUAAUACGGAGGAACCUGAGAAAGAUGAGGAACACAAAGACGACGAUAAACAAGAGACUCGUAGGAAUAAGAUGUUGAAACGAUUAUCAUAUCCUUUGUCAUGGAUGGAAGGGUUAACUGGCGAAAAGGAAGAUGAAAGUAAAUCUGGAACUGAUAAAGUUUCAAGUCUUCCUAAUAGCGCGGAUUCUCAUCAUUCAUCAGUUUUCAGCAAAGUUUUCUCAAGCUCGCCGAUCAACCUGGUGAGUGACUUUAGCUCGGGCCUGUUUGCUAAAACUCCCAGCGAAGAGAGCGGUGGGGGCGGUAGAGCCGGAGGAACACCUCCGCUUACCGCCUCCUCUCUCUCCCAGGACACCAGCAACCCUCAGAUUUCACCUGGUCCAGGAGGGCUUAUGGGACGGUCUUCCGUGGGCACAUUCAUCAGACAACAACCGUUGACAUCGUCAGGUAGCAGCAGCGUGGACAGUAACCGAAGUAACAAAACCUUGGCCACGGCACCUCGAUUGGACUAUCGUAGCAUGGUCUCUGUUGAAGAUAUGCCCGAACUGUUCGUCAGUUUCGACAAGCUUAUACCACGACCAGCCCAUUCUUGCGAGGAUCCUCCGCUGUACCUGAGGCUGCGAACAGGAAGGCCCAAAGAUAAGAAGAUUCCCCGCUCGACGCCUAUUAUGAGCUAUGGCAAGAAGAAGCUGCGGCCAGAAUACUGGUUCAGCAUACCACGUAACAGGGUGGACGACCUCUACAGGUUUAUCCAUGCGUGGGUGCCGUCGCUUUAUGGAGAACUCGACGAGAAUUAUUGGCGGGAACGGGGAUAUGUCUUGCUGGACACUGACACGGAUCUAUCACCUGAAUUGUCGCCGCACGAGGCUGGGAAAGCCGGGGAAUCCACCGAGGAGGAAAAAUGUCGUCAAGACAGCGACGAGAUCUCCGAGCUGACGAGGGAAUCAUGGGAGCUGAUCAAGGCCCCCUACGUAAAGCUGUACAGCAUCCUGAAGACGUCGAGCACAUCGGCGGAUUCCGAGCAGAUCCAGGACCCGGAGGUACUGUCUAUGAGCGAGGAGCUCAGGCGAGCUCUGUACACGAACAGCGCUGUCUCCAUAGACAACGAUGUCAUCGUUCCCGAUCUGGUUGGCACCACCGAGAUCCUCAGCGACGAGCACAGAGAACAACUGUGCCGGCAUUUGCCUGCCAGGGCGGAGGGCUACCUCUGGACCCUCGUUUUCAGUACCAGUCAACAUGGAUUUAGUCUAAACAGUAUGUACAGGAAGAUGGCCAAGAUAGAGAGCCCAAUCCUCUUGGUAAUAGAAGAUACAGAGGGCAACGUGUUUGGUGCGUUGACCUCGUGCUCUCUGCACGUGAGUGAUCAUUUCUAUGGAACCGGCGAAUCUCUUCUCUUCAAGUUCACGCCCAGAUUCCAGGCGUUCCACUGGACCGGGGACAACCUCUACUUCAUCAAAGGCAACAACGAAAGCCUUGCCAUCGGUGCCGGAGAUGGCAAGUUUGGGUUGUGGUUGGAUGGAGACCUAUACCAAGGCAGGUCACAAUCUUGUAGCACGUAUGGAAACGAGCCGCUGGCACCGCGAGAAGAUUUCGUGGUGAAAACGCUGGAAUGUUGGGCAUUCAUAUAGGACACAGCCUCGUACUCCGUGUCCGCGACUUCGCCCUCGCCGCAGCCUAAUUUGACUUGAAUUCCGAGAGAGUCUCGCGUGGAGGUUGAUCGUCCCCAGAGAAAAAUUAUCGCACGGAGGACAAUUAUCAAGAUUUCCAAGAGACAUUUUUCCAGAGGAGAUUAAAGUCGAUUACCGUCGAUAGAUUUUUAAACAGAGAGACCCCAGACGUAUUUUGUUAAAAGUCAAUAGGAGAUUUUUCGAGUGAAAGAGAGAGAGAGAGAGAGAGAGAGAGAAAGAUAUGAAAGAAUUGUAAUUUUUAAUGAAUGGAAGGUAGAAACGUUGAUGAAGAAGAGGAGGCUGCAGGAAAGAAUGAUGAUGAUGAUGACAAUGAUGAAGAGGUAUGAGAAAAUAUGUGAAGAACAAGUCCUAAUAUAUUAAGGCAAAGACGUUGAAUCAAGAACUGCGAAUGACUAUAACUGAUAAAUUUGUCGUUUUAAUCGUCCUACGUUUGUUUUUCUUUUUGUUUUAAGUUGUCGUAUUUAUUUUAUUUUUUUUAUAUAUAUACAUACACGCACGCAUACAUGUGUUUCGUUGAAUGAGUCGUCGUUGCUGUCGUUAAUAAUUCUGAUUUCACGCGAUCGCAUGCCGUUUGAGUAAAGGAUCGAAGGAUCGACCACGAUGACAAUGAAUUUGUUAUAACGAUGAUGAUGAUUAUGAUCGUGGUGUUACCUUCGAACUAGUCGCGAGUAUAAUAAUAAUAUUAAUUGAUAAUAAUAAUGCGUUGUUCCGAGAGAUUAUGCGAUCGCCGAUGUGUUUUACGGUGAUCGACGAUAGCGAGUAAAAGAAGAGAGAAUGAGAUGAGAGUGUGAAUGAUAAUCGAGAUUGAAAGGGAAAACAAAUACGUCUCCACGAUGGAGAGAAUCGAUUAUGCGAGAAAGACGGAAGAAAACUAUGAACCGAUUGGUACGGAUAUAUAUGAUGAUCAUAUUAUCAUCAUCAUGACGGUGAUGAUUAUACAAUACCACGAUACAAACACGAUACUACGAGAAUGCUAAACUAACCGUAUUUGUUGAUGUGUAGUUAUUGUAGAUAGAUGAAUGUAAAUAUAUAUAUUACGAAAUCGUUAAGGAAACAAAAAAAAUUAAUUUUAACGAAGGAAAAAGAAACACAGUAUAUGAUACCACGCUAAAGGAAGAGAAACACACACGUUGCAGAAGACACUCUGUGUAGUUUGUCUCAUGUAUAUCCCGAAGGACACACAUUAAUUAAAUAUAUAUAUAUAUAUGUACACGAAACACACACAUACGAUUCGAAGAAGAUCGUGCAACAUACACCACUGAAUCGAAUCGAUACGAUGAUACUCUGGAUGUAAAACGAUCCUAGGAUCUGCGAGCAAAAGUAGCUUUAGAUGAGAACGAAGAAGGAGAAGAUAAGUUUGUACUGAUCUUACGCUGAUACAUGCGACUGCCACAAUGUUACAGUGAUAAAGAUCGUAAAAGAGAUUAGAAAACACGAUACCGAUUAUAUUGUUGACACGAUGGAAGGCGAACCAGAAAUUGUAGAAACACGCGAAUUAGAAGUUCAGAGCAGCGCGUUCGCUUCUUGUGUCUCGAGUGACCACAACGAACACACACGCCUGUGCCUCGCUUCGCUCUCUUUCUCUCCCUCUGCUAUAGAGCACACACAGUUAACAUGACAUUAUAGUAUCUCAGUUUAAACUUUAUACAAAAGUAAGAUCUACAGAUCAGAGCCGAAGGAAAGAAAGCGUGUUGUUGCAACGACACUUAUGGUUUACUUCAUGAGAGCGUCACGCAAAACUCAGACAAUAAAGAGGAGUCUCGCCGUGGUAUCGAUCUCUUUUUCGUUACGCGCCCUGGUAACACCGUUUGUAACUUUCUCGUUCGACGAACGAACCAAGAUACACAUUGUUCGCUAUUGUCAGUCAGCCGGCACGGUUUAACAACUGUGUCAAGAAAAUUUAUAGUAGUCUCUAUGAUUCGUUCGAAGAACAGGGAGAAUUUUGCAAUAUAUCGUACUGUAAAGUUUUCUAUACUGCGUUUAACUUUUCGCUCGGCUCUGAAGAUCAGCGAAUGGAUGUUAAUCGUAAAGCACACACAGACACACACGACCAGAAAAAUAAAACUGUUCGAGCUUAUAGGUCUCUUUACUACUGUGAAUUAAUUAGGACCGAUAGACUGUCGCGAGAGAACCCACCGUUUCUACCGCUUUUUAAACGUGAAUUUUUCGUUUAAGGACGAGAGGAGAAUGUUAGAUAUUAAGCGCUGUUUAACAGUAAAAUAGAAACACGCUGCGUUAGAAGGUAUCGAUCGAACAUCAGAUGUAAGUUUUUAUAAUCAAUUAUGUAAAUUGAUUUGUUUUCGAGACGGUCCAAGAAUGUGUGAAACGGGGACGUCUGGUAGCGAAUUCCGGUUUGUUCUAUUGCGAAAAGAAUUCUCUAACAGUUUCAUAAUGAAACAAAGAAAGAGGAGAAGAAAUUGAGACGCCAUUUUGUACCAUAGCGAGAGUACCGGUUGCUAUUCCUUUCAAUUUAUUAGGAACAGUCCUCGACUCUCGUGAUGUUUCUACGAUUUUCGAUCUUCCAUAGAGUACUGCAUUUUUAAAAACAUUUAUUAUUUAAUAUCAUAACAGAAUUGUCACAUUAAAAUGAUUCGAGUUAAUCGGUAGCAAGCGAUCUUGUUCGAUUUAUAAAAGAAGGCUUGAAAAACAGCACGACGAGACGUUAUAGUAGAAACACAACUUAUAAUAUAGUUGUUUCAAAUUACGUUCACUACCGACGUAGAUCGUUGGAUUGAAUCGUUGAAAAUGGGCUAGAAGAAUUGUAAAAGCGAGUGGAAAUGGAGGAGAAGCGAAAAUUGUAAAUUUGAACAAGCGUAUUUCCGUGCACUGGUUAUGAAACGCACUUUACCAAAUAAAGAGCGAAAACGAUCGUCGCUUAAAGCGGAAAAAAAACCUUAUGGAGCACGGUAUCAAGUAGUAAAAAUGGGAGAGACGCGUCUAAAAAGAAAAGGCGGGGAAAACGCAGCUAUAGAAAGCACAAAAACUAUGUGUAUUCAAAUUGCGUGUAGCUAUCUAUCAGCUUCGUUAGGACUAGUUGUCAAGUACAUAGUACACGAUCAUAGCGUUGUCUAAGACAUAUAAAGUUCUAGCGUCUAUAGGCAUUACUCUCUUGUGAUACUAACGAGUUAAAAAGGAACGAAGAUACAAAAGACGGUAAAACAAAGUUCGGUUCGAGUGUGUCACUUUCUUUCGUGGCAGGGAAAAAGGCCGUUGUAGAUGGAAAUUCUGAUAAUAACGUAUAAUAUAUGUACAUCAGCCAGGACAAUACGAAUUUACAUAGAACGCGAGAGCAAACACGGAGGAAAAGGAAGAAAGGGAGGUAUAGAGAAGCGAAGUGUGCUCGAACGUGGCAAAUUUGUCUCUUUCUUUUCUGUUUGAGAAGGACUCAAGACCCUCGCCUCUAGAUGCCGAAGAUCCAUGGUAUAAAUGUAAUAUUGUAACGUGAAAUAAAAGAAGAUGAUGUGUGUCUGAGAAAAUAUA